AUAAUAAUAGUAACAUCAGCAAGUAGUUGAGGCAUACAUAUACAUAUAUAUAUUGUAAAGCAAGUCGAAAACAUGGCACGAGUGGGUGAUGUGACUGCUGAUCAGUUGAUCGCUGGAACGAGCGUUUUGUCCAGACCUGCAGAAGAGUUUGAAAAUGAUCCUUCUGUCGAGGCCAUGUGGGCUAUGAAAGCCUUCGAACACGCCGAAAUAUAUUUCAACAUCUUAUGUUCAGUGGAUCCCAAACUCUUACGACUCACCCCACAUGAUGAUUUGAUUUACAAAACGUUCCGGGAGUCGUUUCCAGACUUCAAAGUCGAUAAAAUCAAUGAGGAAGAUCUAAAGUCUCCAGAGGGAAAAGCGAAAUGGAGGCCGUUUUGCGAACAGUUCAAAGAUGUCGUCGAAGACUACAGUUUUGGCACAUUAGUUAGGGCGGAUUGCGACGGAGAAUACUCAGAGAAAAACAGCAUACUCACGUCUAGAAUACAGUUUUAUGCUAUUGAACUCGCUAGAAAUAGAGAGGGACUCAAUGACAAGAUUCGGGGAAAGUACACGCCCAGAAAAAUAACCAAUAAGUCUUAAUUUUUGUUUUAAAAAAUCGAAGAUCUUUGUGGAACAAUCAUGUUGAGACUGCGAUAAUUGCAAACUAAAACCGCUGUGAUUAGUUUUGCACGCAAAAUUUUGUAAGAUCCUCUUAUGUACGUAUGUUGUUAAGAUGUUUUAAUAAUAAAAGGCACCUUGUGGAUUCAAAA